CUAACUGCCACUGACAUCCCCAGUGACACUAAUACAGUGAUCAGUGCUAAUAAAAAGUCCUGACACUGUACUAAUGACACUGGGCAGAAAUGGGUUAACAUCUGGGGCGAUCAAAGGGUUAACUGUGUGCUUUACUAUGUAAACAUGCUGCUUUGCAUUGCUCUGCUAUGCAGAGCAAUACAAAGCAGCGAGCUGGUGCUGACAGGGGAGAGAUCUGUAUUGUUUACAUACAGACCUCUGUCAGUGUUGCUUGACGAUCGCCGGCCAGGGCCUGGUGAAUGACAGCUGUAGCCACCAAUGGC